GGCCGCCGCCGCUGCCAACGGAGUCUCCUAGCCCUACAGCCUGCGGAGGCGUCUCUUGAGCCCGGGGCUAUCCGAGCUGCCGUUGCCGCCCCAGGCCGCCUCAGCCCUCCUCGGUGCUGCCCGCUCCCUCUCUCGGCACCAGCCCCAGGCGCCGGCCUCCGGCCCCGGCGGAGACCAUGAAUCAGGCAGAUAAAAACCAACAAGAAAUCCCAUCAUACCUUAGUGAUGAACCACCAGAAGGUUCAAUGAAAGAUCACCCACAGCAGCAACCAGGCAUGUUGUCCCGUGUGACUGGGGGUAUCUUCAGUGUUACAAAGGGAGCCGUUGGUGCCACCAUUGGUGGUGUGGCUUGGAUUGGUGGAAAGAGUCUGGAGGUGACCAAAACAGCUGUUACAACUGUACCUUCCAUGGGAAUAGGGCUGGUGAAAGGGGGUGUGUCUGCUGUGGCUGGAGGUGUUACAGCUGUUGGGUCUGCUGUUGUAAACAAAGUGCCCUUAACAGGAAAGAAAAAAGACAAAUCGGACUAAAAUUUGGAGAUACAUGUGAUCUCCACAGCAUUAUGAUGCCAGUGGCAUUGAAUUGCUAAAUUAUGGACUACAACCAAGUCACCUAUUUUGGACGUUAACUUCUAAACUGCUGUGUUGAAAGUAUUGAUGACUGGCUUUCAUCUAAAAAGAAGAGACCAAUACUAGCACAGUGUAUGAAGGUUUCUCAUGCUUAAACUCUGGCUUUUUAUCGGUAAAAUGUUACAUUUAUUCAGUUGUAACUGAAGAUAUGGUAUGUUUGAAUAUUUACUAUUAAGUCUUUCAGUUUGACUAAAAAUGUGAAAGUUGAAUUUAGUGGAUGAUCUUUACAGUUCCAUAUGUAUGAUGUGCCAGGUAACUCAUGUGCUCCUUAAGAAGGGAACCUUGAACUACAUAAACUGUACCUUUGAUGUGCCUAAUAGUUUCAGAUGUCUUAGUUUUUUUAUAACCAUAGUUGAUUAGGCCAAGGAGCCUUCUUAUUUAAGCUGGUGGUAAAAGUAGCAGAAAUUAGAGAAAUUUAAAAGAUAAAUGGCUUUAUGGUAUCGAGUGUUAACCAUCUUAUGUUAGAUACGCAUUCUAUUCAUCUAUAAUUGAUGCCUUACAAAAGAAAACUACUUUUUAAAUACCCUAUAUGUGUAGUUCUUAGAAUUACCUAUAUGGAUUCUUUUGAAGAUUGUCUGUGAAAUUAGUUUUUCCUCUUAAGAAUCUCAGGAGUAGUGGGGUAAAUGCAUUUCUUGCUGUCUGCAGCUAAGAUAACGUUUUAACUGUUGCUAGUUAUAAUCAAAUUGUACACUUCAGCCUGGGUUCAUGCUUCAUUGUUAAUACACCUCACAGUGCCUAAGGAAUAUUUCUUUACUGGUCAGAAGCUAUGUAGGAAGAGUUUCAUAUGAAGUACAAAUAUUUAAUAAUUUUAAGUUCUUAAGAAUUACCUAAAGCAUCCAAAAUAGGGGAAAAAAAUCCUAUUUUAUAUCCAGGAUGGCGUAAAUUAAAAACACAUUAAAAAAAACACAGUAAAGGCAACUGCAAAAUAUGUGAAGACUAUUUUAUGUGGAAGGAAAGGGGCUCCAUAGAUUAGUUUUGACUGUAAAAUGUGUAUAAGUGCUUUCAAAAGUUUGUAUAGGCCUUUAAAAUGUAAGUCAUCUUACACUACUUAAAAUCAGUUGUAGAUGUUGUACCAAGUCAGUUUCAGGCAGGAAAUUGAAGUUUUUGAUUAUGAGUGAUAAGGGUGUCAUGUCUCAUCAUGUCUCGUUCAUUCUCAAAAAGUAUGCUUAGCUCGAAUUCAUUUUUUUGUUUCAUGUUCAGUUUUAUAAAAAUUUAACAACUGGCAUAUAUAUUUGGCAUUCUUCUUAACAAAAGGUUAUAAUCCAAGCCUGAGAAAUCUCAGAAGUUUUCUUUAUACUUAAAUAUGGAAAUUUGCCUCCACUCCACAGAGGGCAGUGGUGACGUCCUACAGUAAGAAGUCAAGACAGCCUUCUCAAGACCUUGAAUCAGAUCACGCCAGUGUUCGAGACUUAAAUGUUUAUGUAAACCACUAAGAGUUUUUCAUUAAUAAUGUGGACUAACAAAUGGAUAAGAAUAUAACUUAAUUUUUAAAAGUUUUCAAAAUACCCACAGGGAUUUUAAGAGAUUAAGGAGUUCAAUCUGGUUCAUCAGGAAUUAAAGGUCAUUUGUUUCAUGCAGUAUGAUUUAAGGUUUAUUUGUUGGUAUAUCUGGUCAACUGUCAGUUAGAAAAGGAGAUUAAAAAGAAAAAAAAACUCCAAAAAUCGUAGAUGAACACUAAAUAAUUAUCUAAAUAAUGGGAUUGGAGAACUAAUUGGAAGAGAUUAUUGCUUCACUGCUAGUUUAUAUUUCUAGUUUAUCUUCUAAAGUUAGAGGCUUUGCUUGCAUAUUUAUUUGAAACUCGGUCUUUAAAAUUGCUUGAGUAAAAAUGGUUUUAAUUAAUUUUUGCUACAGAAAAGCCACCUGUUAUUUUAUCUCAUCAGGUUUCUUCUAAAUUCCAAACUAUAGCUUUGUUCCGGAGGGGCUUUUGCAGUGGUAGCAGAGAACUGUUCAAAUGUAUGGUUAGUUAGAGGUUUCUGUUCACAUGAACUUGCCAUCUGAUGAUAUGUACAGCUGCACACUUGAGUCUUUUCUAGUUUAUUUACGUAGACUAGCAAUUUGACCUGUUAAACAGGGCUAAUUCACUUAAAAAAACCAAAGGUGGUUAUAUACACCUGGAGGCAUCUACUAUUCAACUUAUUUUUUGAGUGGGUAUUUGGCACAAUGAGGAUGAACACAUAUGGACCCACUUAAAUGACUGAUCUAAUAAUGUUGACAUUAUGAAUCCUGUACUUAGUGAAAUGUCAGAAUAACUGAUUGAAUACAUUUUUUUUUUUUUUGUAUUAAGGGGACGGGAAAA